CCGCGAACGGCCGUCCCUCUUGAGCACGGCCUUGCCGGUUUGGCGGGGUGAAAGGUUGCGAAGAUGGCGACGGCCUUGAGCGAGGAGGAGCUGGACAAUGAAGACUAUUACUCGUUGCUGAACGUGCGCAGGGAGGCCUCUUCCGAAGAGCUGAAAGCGGCCUACCGCAGGCUGUGUAUGCUUUACCAUCCUGACAAGCACAGAGACCCGGAGCUCAAAUUGCAGGCGGAGCGACUGUUUAACCUCGUUCACCAGGCUUAUGAAGUGCUCAGUGACCCCCAAACCAGGGCCAUCUACGAUAUCUAUGGCAAGAGAGGACUGGAAAUGGAAGGAUGGGAGGUUGUGGAAAGGAGGAGGACACCAGCCGAAAUCAGAGAAGAGUUUGAGCGGCUGCAGAGAGAAAGGGAAGAGAGGCGGCUGCAGCAGCGAACCAACCCCAAGGGGACCAUCAGCGUUGGCAUCGACGCCACUGACCUUUUUGAUCGCUACGAGGAGGAGUACGAAGAUGUGUCCGGAAGUGGCUUUCCGCAGAUUGAAAUUAACAAGAUGCACAUAUCCCAGUCCAUUGAGGCACCCUUGACAGCUUCAGACACAGCCAUCCUCUCUGGAAGCCUCUCAACCCAGAAUGGGAAUGGAGGGGGUUCCAUUAACUUCGCGCUCAGACGAGUCACUUCUGCGAAGGGCUGGGGAGAGUUAGAAUUUGGAGCUGGGGACCUGCAGGGGCCUUUAUUUGGCCUAAAGUUGUUCCGUAAUCUCACACCAAGAUGCUUUGUGACGACAAACUGUGCUCUACAGUUUUCAUCCCGUGGCAUCCGGCCUGGCCUCACCACUGUCCUGGCCCGGAACCUGGACAAGAACACGGUGGGCUACCUGCAGUGGCGCUGGGGCAUCCAGUCGGCCAUGAACACCAGCAUCGUCCGGGACACCAAGACCAGCCACUUCACCGUGGCCCUGCAGCUUGGAAUCCCUCACUCCUUCGCGCUGAUCAGCUAUCAGCACAAAUUCCAGGAUGACGAUCAGACUCGCGUGAAAGGAUCCCUUAAGGCAGGCUUCUUCGGGACGGUGGUGGAGUACGGAGCAGAGAGGAAGAUCUCCAGGCACAGCGUUUUGGGUGCAGCUGUCAGCGUUGGAGUCCCGCAGGGAGUUUCUCUCAAAGUCAAAUUAAACAGGGCCAGUCAGACCUACUUCUUCCCCAUCCACCUGACGGACCAGCUGCUCCCCAGCGCCGUGUUCUAUGCCACCGUGGGGCCCCUCGUGCUCUACUUCGCUCUGCACCGCCUGGUCAUCAGACCCUACCUCAGGGCUCAGAAGGAGAAGGAGCUGGAGAAGCAAAGGGAAAGCACAGCCACCGACAUCCUGCAGAAGAAACAAGAGGCAGAAGCUGCUGUUCAGCUGAUGCAGGAAUCUGUCCGAAGAAUAAUCGAGGCCGAAGAGUCCAGAAUGGGGCUCAUCAUCGUCAACGCCUGGUACGGGAAAUUUGUCAACGACAAGAGCAAGAAGAGCGAGAAGGUGAAGGUGAUUGAUGUGACUGUGCCCCUGCAGUGCCUGGUGAAGGACUCCAAGCUCAUCCUCACGGAGGCCUCCAAGGCCGGGCUGCCUGGGUUCUAUGACCCGUGUGUGGGCGAAGAGAAGAACCUGAAAGUGCUUUACCAGUUCCGAGGUGUCCUGCAUCAGGUGAUGGCGCUCGACAGCGAGACGCUCCGGAUACCAAAGCAGUCUCACAGAAUUGAUACCGAUGGAUAAACUGCUUGAGAAACCAGAUUUAAACGAGGCUACAAAAAAACCUUUCCCUGGGAGUCUACAAAUUUGGAAACAGGAAAAAACUCCAGACGUCAGAUGUGUUUAUUUUAUAUUUCUGUAGAAGGUGGCACUGUAUCAAUUAUGUGAAGGGACCCGCAGGCACCCCGCUUUCCGGGUGCUGUAGGUAGGACUGAGGCAGCCCCACCUGGACCGGAACCACAGCACGGCCCGUGUCUGUUCCCAAGGAUCAUGUCCUGCCAGGAAGGGCCCUGGGCCCCUGGAGCCUCCAGGUCCCUCCCCAGAUUCCUCAGCACGUGUGCCGGCUGCAACCCCCCAGUAGCUCUUGGUCUGCCGUGAGGUACUUAUGAACACCUUGCCCUCACGCAUAGGACUGUGAACUACUUUUCCUGAAAUCCACACUGAACGUGGAAAAUGAAAUGGAAGGAAGGAGUCCCCACGAGCAGAAUCUCCAAAUCAAGUGAGCAUCUGUUCGGUCAACUUCCUGAAAACCACCUUUUCCUGCUGAAAUAUCACUAAGUGAAUCUGGAGAGGAUUGUGUGGGUUUAUAAAUCUGCUUUUUAUCUGAGAACAAAUGGUUUUGGAAAUUAGUCUCUUUUUUUCCCCUCCCAGAACUCAAGCCAUUCCACUGGCACCUGGCUUGGGACAGAGGGUGGAACUCCGGGUCCCAGGAGCCACCCGUGUCCUCGCGGGAAAACGCGAUGCCUCCCGCCCCGCCCCACACAGCUCAGCCCCACUAGAGCGCGGGGUUCAGGAGGAGAAGGGGACGCAGGGCUCCGGCGGGCGCCGCUCCCGCUCGCCGCCACUAGGCGGCGCAGCUGCUCCCACGCCUGGCCAGUCCAGCUCUUCCUCACCGGGACCCCUUUUUGGGUGUCUGCUCCCAGGACCCCCCUCCUUCACUUGCCUCUUUUGUGGAUGCAUAAUAUUUCAGGACCAGGAGCCUCCUGCACAGCCUGGCCUGUGAACAGUUACCGGAGGAGCAGAGGCCUGGCUGGUGGUGGUUCUGACAGCCUCUCCGCAGCUACUGUCAAAAUCAGGCUUCACUCCUGACGUUGGUACCGGAGAAAUCACUCAUAACCCCCUUCCUCCACUUUUAAAACUCAGUUCAGGUUGUCCAGUUCUGUACUAUUUAUCUCCACUUUAAAAAGGUUUCCUGCGAGCUGCCGCUCUGAAUGUACAUCAUGCAAUAACCGUCGCGUUAGCGGAAUGCGACCUCGGCCGCAGCCUGUGUCCCUGCCCGGCGGGCGGGUCACUGUACAGGGGACACUCUCUUACCACAAUAAACCUUUCCUGAAAGCCA